GGAUGCGGGAUAGCGUGGCUCCCGAACCGACCCAACAACCAUCCACAACCACCCCUAACCCCCGGCUCCAACCUCGAGUCCAGCUGGCCUCCAGCUUUCGCUCCCUCUUCUGUUUGGAAACUACCCUCACCCGGUUAACACACGCGGAUUCUGGAGCUGCGCUCCGUGUCGUUCGCCAGAGCCGCGACUCUGUGCCAACUUUGUUUUUCUCGGUGUCCCUAUCCCCGCCAAGGAUUGCGACGCUUCGAAGCCACCCUCCGCGUUACCGAUUAAAUUCUAACGGAACUGGAGGUGAUUUUUUGAUUCGCUGAUCGACCUCAACUUCGUCACAUCUCGUCGCUGCUGAAACGGUCGAUCUACGCGUUAGACGAGUUUUACUAUCAUUGGUAUGUUUGAAAAAUAUAUAUAAAGUCGUGAAAGAAUUUUGUGAUACCGGUUCGGAAAUUCCUCGCAUUUCAACGAUUGAGUUUUGAGCUUUUUUCGGUAUUUUUUGCUUCGUUCUUUCAACGCGGCAUUCGCGACAGUUGAAUGUUCACCGGGGUAACGGACCGACUCCGAAGCAAAGCUGCAGAAGGCAAAACUAUCAGAUUCACCUUGGAGCACGUAACUAUUACGACUAACAAUGUUCGAGAACGCCGGUGAGAUUAGCGAAAUCACGUCAUUUAGGGAUCCAAUUUAGUCGUGCGAUGUUCCCGAGUUCUAUUAGGGAAGGAAUAAAUUGAGUUAAUCCCGGCGGAACGGUUCGCGAUGGGAUCGCUGCCGAAUCUUCACGAGCUUUCGAAGGAAAAGCUGCAGAGUCCCGUGCACAGACCGGCUCCCAUUGGUGACUUAGGACCCGUCAGGCUUCCUCCGCAACCUCUACCACUGGCGCACACCCAUCGACGUGCGAGAAGCAGUGGUCAUCAUCACAACGCCUUGUGGGAUAACGACGCCAUGCUCGAGCACAUGGCGACAUACUCGCCGAUAUCUUGUCGCUCCGCAAGAAUUUCGGGCCUAGCGUGGCGUCGAAGGGAGUCGAUGAGUUCGUCCGCGGGGGCCUCUUCCGUCCGCAGGUUGAUCGCGGCAGUCCGAACGGCACCCGCCGGUCCUCGGCCUCCGAGGAAAGCGGUUCUGAGGCACUGCGCCGCGUUGCUCUUGGGCCAUGCAGCCGCCUCGGCGGCGAUACUACCCAUGUUUCCACUCCAGGCAGGCCUGGGAGCUUUCAAUUCUCAACUGGGGCCGAUGCUCCUCGCCCUACUUUUCGCGAUAGCGACCCUCACCUCCUGUUUUGCCCCGAUAAUCGUGCAGAAGGUUAACACGAACCUGACCUUGUGCAUGGGGCAUCUCGUUACCAGCAUAUUCGUCGGGGUUCACCUCUACCCAAAAUGGUAUCUUCUACUGCCCAGCUACGCGCUACUCGGUGCCUGGGCGAGCCCUUGCUUCUUGGCGAGGACCGCACAGGUCAACAUAUCAGCGGCAAGAUUGAGUCUGGUCAGCUCGGACCCCGAAGACCCCGACGAGACGAAGCGUGAGUGUCUUUCGCGAAGGCUCAGUCGAGGUCUGAAACUCGCCGAGGACAUGGGACUCGCUUUGGGCUGCCUCGUAGCGGCCAUCCUGGUGAAAAUCACGGAUCCCAUGCCAUCGAACUCGAUGGACGGCGAGAUAGAGGACUUUUGCGGGGCCGAGUACUGCCCCGAAGAGACCUAUCUGCAGUACAAUGAUACCUUACUUAUACCGACGGUGCCACACGGUACUUCAACGAUGAUGAUCAGCAUUUGGCUGGGGCUGAGCGUGCUCGCUCUCGGAAUAUCAUGCGGGCUUUUGGAUUCCCGCAUGAAGGAACCCCAAACGAUGAGCGAAUGGUCCAGCAACGAACAUUGGCUCCGAGGAAUCAAAUCCGCUUUCCAGGACCCGCGGCUCCAGCUAGCUACACCCUUGGCCCUUUUCAUGGGCCUUGAGCAAGGUUUCAUGUUCGCAGAUUUCACGGAGGCUUACGUGGUCUGUGCUUUGGGCGGCGCAGGAACGGUCACGCUGAGUUUCCUGAGCUUGGCCUUGCUGCAGGCAAUUGCUGGGGUCACACUCUCAAUGCUACUGAGACAUAUCAGAAGGUACUUCGUUGUAGCCGUCGGACUUGCAUUUCACGCUUGUUUGCUGCUCGUCCUCGUAACUUGGAGACCCGCUGGAGACGAUCCUGCGCUAUUUCACGUCAUUUCUGCGGCUUGGGGCGUCUGCAACGCGAUAUGGGAAACCCUGAUUUACACGUUGCUACAGGGACUUUAUCCCAGUGCGUGGCAAGCUCCAUUGUCGACAUCGUUGUUUUGGCGUUGGUUGGGUCUGUCGUUAGCCCUAGGUCUGCACGGGCUGGUCUGCACCCGAAUCCGCGUCCUUUGCCUAGCGUCAAUGUUGUUAUUAUCCGUGACCCCGUACACGUGGUUGGAGGUGCGACUAGCCAAGAGAGGAAAAAGCUUAGCGCCUUUGUGACCACGUAGAAUGGGAUCCGAACUAUUCAGGGGUAAGCAUUCGCACAGUGGCUGAGACAGACUUGGUCCAUCCAGCUGCAUAGCGAGAAGACAUUUGACCAAUAAUCGUGGAAAUGUGAAUAUUUUCAUCUGCCAUACAAGCACUUCCGAAAGUUCUAAUCAAGAAUCCAAUUUCACGUUUUCUCCAUCUUAAUUUCGUUACUACUGUUAUCAAUCAGGACUCACGGAAAUUAACGCUGAUAGUUUUAAACGGCUUCGAAACAGGUGAAUCUUCGUAAAAUUAACUUGAUAUUGAAAUAAAUCCUUAAUAAAAUAUCUUAUUGCAAUAAAGCGACAAUCAUCGAAUAUCACAAAUCGUUUUGCGGCUGGAUGGAACAAGUUGCGAUAAUCUGAGUAAAAUUUGUCUUGAAAUGGCCAGGGAAACAAAGCCGUUUACGUGUAAUUGAUGUAAAAACUUGUAUAUGUAUAAAGUACGUACUUCUUUCGGCUAAUUAUAAGUAAAACCUUUUUGUACAAUUUCCAGAACACAUCGUGUUAUACGCAUGAUAUGUAACAGGGUGGCUCACUGUCGGUAAAAUAUUUUGCGAACCAAAACAGAUAAAUCGACGAAUAUACGGAAGAAUAUUUCGGAUGAACGUCGCAUGAUAUUGAAUGGUAGUGUCAUGUAUUACAAAUUUUUCCCUACAUCCAUUUUGGUUCCCAAGAUAUUUGACUGGAAUGUUCAAAAUGAGCCACCCUGUAUAUACCACUACAUGUACAAUGUGAAUAAGUUGUUAUUUAAAUAAGCACAUUCAUACAAAAAGUAUAGGUAUAGGGGUUUCCAACGUCUAGUAAAUUAUCAUAGGAUUUUUCGCUGCCUUCUGUUCUUUGCUGCCUCGUUUAUCGUACUCAAAGUGGAGGGUCAAAUGAAACUGCGAGUAAGAGUCUUACAAUUAGCGCAAAAUAUCCUUUCAACGGAUCAAUUACAAACUCUCGAGUCGAGGGCUCUUGAAAAUCCGUCAAAAAAUCAUUCAUUAACGAACACGAUUUUUCGGAAUUUCAUUCGUUCCUUGUUCUUUUAAUUCUUCAAUUUUUUUUUUAUUGAUACCAUGAAUUUUAUCAAAUUUAGAAAAGAUAGAGGCGAUUAGGGUAGGUCUUCUCGAUUGAUUGAGAUAACUCCGCCUCAUAAUUGCUCGAAAGAUGAUAGAUCUUGUAUUAGAAUAGAUAAACUACGACAGUGCCUCGAUAAAAACUAUUCAAAUUUUUACUUUUUGUGAGACGUUAAGAUACAGAUCAAAUCCAUUACACUGCGGAGCGUUUCCGGUAACAUAAGCCACUCCAAUCACGCGUGUUAUUUUCAUCGAACCACCAAGUGAGAAACAUUUUUGAAGCUACUCAAUGGCAAUAUCAACGAUUCCUAAAAUCGAUUUGUCUGUUCGUGGCGGAUCCUCAGUCAAUGCCGUGGCCCUCCAUGUUGCUAAAAUUAUAGUGCACAGACGUGUUAUCGGUCAUCUUUUUCUGGGAUAUGGCAGAGCGCAUAGAUCGAUCAAAUACAUACGUAUAUAUAUUAUACAUAACCGCUAGUAGAAGAAAAGCGAUCACAUUACGAAAUUAUACAUAGCUAUUAUAAUACCCAUGCACUAGUUUUUCUAAUAAAACUCAUAUUAAAUCAUCAAGAGCUUCUGUUGCACGGCUGUGAACGAGAUACGAAAAGAAAAAACAAAAAAAACACCUGUGAUAUUAAUAUUAAAGGAUUAAAGCACAUCAAAAA